AUGCAGCGGUCGACGAUUGUCUCCCUGCUGUUCGGUCUCAACAUUAUAGCAUGGAUUAUUCUGCUGGGAGGUAUCUCUGCCUGGCAGUACAACUGUAACAAGGAGAACCCAGAUUCCAUCGUAGAUGUCUGCCUGACGGCGUACGCGCAGCUCGCAUGGUGGGCGGUGUUCUUCCAGCUCUUCACCCUGAUCUUCCUGGCGGUGGCCUACUACACCCGCCGCGGCAGCAACAAGCUGGGCCUGAUGGUGACGCUGGCCAUGGUCACCACCCUCUUCUUUGUGGUUACAAACAAUGCCUUCACCGUUGUCAAGUCGUCCAGCGGGGCACUGCGGAGCUCCACGGAGGCCUUUGCCGCAGGGGCCAUCCUGACCAUGAUGGCCAACCUCCUCAUCAUCUUCGUGCUGGGGGAUGAUAUGAGCAGUGCGGUGGCUGCGCAGGAGCCCUACCUGAACAGCAACCCGGCCUCCUCGGUACAGAUGUCCGGGGCGAAGCCCACUUCCUCCGCCAUGGUCUGA